CGCAGUCGGGGCCGGCUCUGUAGCGAACGCCACCGGAGGAAGGAGAAGUAGGGCGGAGCAGCGGGCGUUGUUGUGUCCGGAGCUGUUUAGGAUCGGGCGGCGGGACCUCGGCCGCCCGCCGUCGGGACUGAAUGGAGACUGAUUGCAAUCCUAUGGAGUUACCCAACAGUACAGGCUUUGAAGAGGAUUCUGAUUAUAGAGACUUUGAAGGAACAGAUGUAAAAGAUAUGAGACUGGAAGCUGAAGCUGUUGUGAAUGAUGUUCUGUUUGCUGUCAGCAAUAUGUUUGUCUCAAAAACCCUUCCUUGUGCAGAGGAUGUGGCAUAUAUCAAUGUGGAAACCAGGGAAAGAAACAGAUACUGCCUGGAGCUCACGGAAGCAGGACUCAGGGUAGUAGCUUACGAUUUCGAUCAGACUGAUGACAGAUUGCAAACUCCGUACCAUGAAACUGUCUACUCCUUACUGGACUCUCUCAGCCCUGCAUAUCGAGAGGUGUUUGGAAAUGCACUACUACAAAGGCUAGAAGCGUUGAAGAAAGAUAGUCAGUCAUGAUUUAUCCAGAUGUGAGUAAGGUUUAAUGCUAGAAGGAAUUCUUAGUAUGAGGCACUGAGAUCUUUCUUACAAAUGUAAUCACAAACAUCUUAAGUUUUGUUUCUUGCAUUAAUAUGUAGUUCCUGCUGCAGUGGAUUUGUGUAUAUCACAAUGCUAUUAAAAUCCACUUUGGUAAAUUACAAGGAAGCUCCUUAAUUUUGCUUUCUUUUUUGUUGUAUGUGAGCAAAUAAGUUGCUGCUUAGAUUGCUAAAAAAAAUCUGGUCUCUUUUCAAACUGUUAUUAUUGAAGACUCUAAAAAAUGUAGAGAGCUUUAUAUACAAGUAGUAUUUUUGUGUGUGGUUAGUGAUAAUUUUCAUAUCUGCUUUUUAAAAUAGAAGCUAACUACUUGCUUUACCCAAUUAAUGAAAAAUAAUAGGGAAGACUACUGUUCUGCAAAGAACAGAAUUUCAGCUUGAUUUGCUCUACAUAAAUCUGAAAGUUCUCAACUUUGGUAACAGGAAAAAUAGUUCUUGAACAGUUGAGCAUUGCUUGUGUAGUGACAGGAUCUGAGGUAAAAGCAAGGCUCAGUACUAUUUGAUUUGUUCUUAUCUAUGGCAACCAGCAAAGUUCAAAUAAUAAAUGAGAUGUACUGCUAAUAUAUGAAUGUAUUGUCUGAAUCACAAUGAGUUAAGCACAGAAUUGCAAUGUAAUGGGCUACAUUUCCUAAAGAUGAUGUUAUAUAUGAUAUAUAUAUAUGUAUAUGUAUGCUCUAUUGUAACUGUUUUGGAGGCUUGGAAGACAUUUUAGCCUGUUUACUAUUCUGAAUGUGUGUUUACAUGAUGUACAGGAUAAACCCAAGAGUAUUUUUGCUUCAGCCUUUACUUUCUAUAAUGCAGUACUUUGGUACCCCAGUUUUUCACCUUUUCUUCCUCAAAUGUAUAAUUGUCCUCUCCUGAUGAAUACUAAGUAAGCACUGUAAAUUACAUUGUACUGGUUUGAAACCAAAGGCUGUAUGAAAUUUGUUAAGACUAAUACAAACUGGAAGAUAUAACUUGUGUUUUCUACUUCAAAACUCGUACGAAUCUCUUUAUAAAUCUAUUGUUCUGCUGUAACUUUUCAAGUAUGUACUGAAUGAUAGACUUUUUUAAAUUACAAUUAGUUAGAAAUACCAAUACUGUUGAAAUCACAUUCUGUGAUGUUCACACUUUUUGUAUUCUUAUAUUAUUCAGCACUUGUGCGUCUUUAUUUAAAUAAUCCUGCCAUUAUUCUGCCAUGCUUUUGUGACAAAUACAUGGAGUAGUUUUUCUGGAGUUGCACAUACAGAUGUAUCAGUCCUCAUGAAGUCACAUUUUCCAGUGACUUCAAUAGAACUCUAUUCACUUUUACCAGCUAAGGAUUAGUCUUGUUAACUGGAGAAGAGUAGUAGAGCUUUUUGCAAUAGCUUUGGGAUAGUGUUGUACAACUAUGACUGACAAGAAAAAGCACUUCUGUUUUCCAGAACUUAAUUUCAUGUUUAUUGUAUUUUAGGGUUGGAACUUCUGAUAUUAAUCUUCUGCCUAGGGUGUGCUUUCAUGCUCUAAAAAUUGUUCAUAGGCUCUCUUGCACACAGGUCUGUGGCACAGGGUUAGUCCUCUGUGAGGAGAAUGUACUUUACCAUAUUUAUAUUUGAAUAUUUUUCCUUGCAACUAAUUUACUUGUUCAAUUUCAAUGACUAAAGCAUUAAAUAAAUGUAGU